AUGUCGCUGUGCAAAAGCUUCGGAAAGGAUAAGGUUAUAUUCGCCACUAAGGAGGAUCAUGCUACCCCAAGUAAGGUGGAGCUUCCGGAAUCGGAGCCGCGACCCGGUUUGAUUUUGGAAAAUGGAGACAUCAACUGGAACUGUCCAUGCCUUGGUGGGAUGGCGAUCGGUCCAUGUGGCAACGAGUUCCGGGAGGCAUUUUCCUGCUUCCAUUACAGCCAAGCACAACCGAAAGGAUCUGACUGCUACGAAGCGUUUAGCACGAUGAACGAAUGCAUGCGUAAUUAUCCUGGCGUUUACAAACAAAACCUCAACGAAGAGGAAGAUGACGAAAACGGAGCUGGUGUGGCUAGCAUGAUAACGGACGAAGGCGAGGAGGAAGAUGAUGUUGAUGAUGCCCCGGUAAAGACGGAAAGCGAAUCAAAAACAGUAGCCACAAAAGCAAAGUAAUAUGUAUUAGAUACAGUAAAUAAUAUACGCCCUGUAGUGUUACAGUUAUGUGAAAAA